GAUAAGUAGCGUGGGGUUAACACUGCACUGCAUAGGGCUUUAUUUACGAAGACUAUCAGGAAUUACAGAAAAUAUGGUUGGAAGGAAUGAGGCAGGGAAGCCCAAGGGGCGGAUGUCAUCCUAUGCUUUCUUUGUACAAACAAUCAGAGAAGAACACAAGAAGGCUCACCCUGGAGAAAAAGUAGUGUUUGCAGAAUUCACAAAGAAGUGUGCAGAGAAAUGGAAGACAAUGUCUGCCCAGGAGAAGAUGCGAUUUGAAGAUAUGGCUCAGAAAGAUAAAGUGCGGUAUGAUGCUCAGAUGCGAACAUAUGUACCUCCAAAAGGUGAAAAGAAGAGCAGAAAGAGAACAAAGGACCCCAAUGCACCUAAACGGUCAUUGUCUGCAUUCUUUUUCUUCUGUGCUGAUGAGAGAGGAAAAGUGAAGGCAAAGAACCCCAACUGGACAGUAGCAGAUGUAGCCAAGGAUCUAGGCAGACAAUGGGAGAAAUGUCCAAACAGAGCGUUCUAUGAACAGAAAGCUAUAGCAGACAAGAAAAGAUAUGAAAUACAAUCUGAGCAGUACAAACAAGGCAAGUCCUUCUCCGAUGUCUCCCUAGAUCAACUGAUGCCAGCUAAAAAAGCAAAAACUGCAGCACCACAAGCCGCAGCCCAGGAAGAAGAGGAGGAUGAUGAUGAUGAGGAAGAUGAUGACGAUGAGGAGGAAGAGGAUGAUGAUGAGGAGGAGGAGGAUGAUGAUGAAUAGACAUUUAUUUUUAAAAAGAACUCAUUUAAUGAAAGGAGGCAUUGCCACCUUUUUGUUGGAUCAUAUGGGCCAGUCUUCCCAAUGAUGAAUCAAAUUUCUGAUUUCAAUAACUAUGGCUGACAUUUUACAAGAACUUUCCAUGUUUUAUCAAGAGUUUAUGAAACUUUAAAAACUAAGGCAACAUAUGGAAACUUUUUUAUGUUUUGCUAGAGUUAGAGAAAAUCAUUUGUUGUCAUAGCACAGGCCUAGGGAAACUGUCUUUAAGCCAAUUUCACUUGCUAAAGGCAUUCUAUAUUCCAGCUUGAUGAAGUGGAAGGUCGCAAAUAUAUACAUUACUUGAGAUGUAUGUAAAAAUCAUGACAUUAGUUUAAAAUAUUUGUUUUGUUGUAAAUAUUUUUUUAAAGGCAAAUGUUUUAACUUUAUAAUGUGGAGUUAUUCUGUAAGCACUACUUUUUAACUAAAUAGUCCCCUCCCCUGUACAAACUUCAUCAGAGGUUUUAUGCUUGUUGUUAUAUUGGUCAUAUGCUACUAGGAACAUGUUUAAUAUUAGCUGGCUUGGCACAAAGUGCCUUUAAACUUUAAACCACGGUGCUUCGCCCAUCCAUUGUCUGCUAGAUUAUAAUAUUACCGGAUAUUAAAUCAAGAAACAUACAAUGUUCUAUUUAUCCAGUAUCAGGCUACAAGGGGUAUUGAGGCUAACAAGAAACAGAAAAAAUAAGACUUGUCAGGCCCAUUGUUAUUUCAUAAAGGAAUAACUGGAAGUAAAAAUGGAUAUAAUUGACAUAAUCUGCUUCAAAAUGCUGGUAACAUCACUAAAUGACUGGCAAUGAUCAUAGUUGGGAACAAGGUUCAUUAGGAUGAACUUAAGAUGGUAUGAUCAAUUUUUAUUGCUAACUUUCUAAGUUGGACAAGACCCAUUACUCUGGUAUAUCUGUACGUAAAUAAAAUUUCCUAUGGUGUCAUUUGAUUUGAAUGAAAUUCUUUCAAAUGAAUUUUACUUUGUGCUACUUUGAAAGUCAGAGAUUUGAGAUGUUUGUCAAACUUAUUGAAUUACUGGUAAGUAAUUGGGCUCCCUGUGGGCAAGUCUUGGGACUUGGAAUUUGAAUGAUGAACUUAAAUAUUCCUAACUAUGCUUUACUGUUGAUGCGUUGUAAAAGGGUGUUUUCUUUUGUUAUAUUUCCUUGUUAAAAUUGUUCUAGUAACUUGAGGAAUGAGACAACUGUUUUUAAAAAUUAAUUUUAAUGUCAAAAUAGAAACUUUGUUUGGGGCAUAUGCAUCCUGUGACUUUUACCUAAAUAUAUGAUAAAAGUCUUUAAAAGGUCUAUUAUCAAUACCAAUGUAAGGGUCAUUUCUCUUUUUCAGUAGUUGGUAUAUUUUUUGUUGUAUUAAGGUAUUCAGUGCUUCUGUCAUUAUCAUAUGUAAAUAAUACAUUUAUCAUUCUCCACAUUGGCGAUAUUGUUGUAGAACUUUUUUCGAUCAUACAAAUCUGAAUAAAAUGUUGAAAGAA